GCAGUUUUCCUAUAUUAGGCCAGGAUCUGAACAGAGAGUAGCUCAUUCGCAAUCGCAGCAGCAAAGCGCACACAUCACAGCACAGAACACAGAGAAAUGGCAGCCAGUCACAGUCAUUACUAUACAGCAGCCGAUAGCAUGUACAACAUGUAUCAUCAUCAUCACCAUCUAGCUGCACCCACAUCUACAUCCACAUACUAUGAUAACUAUCAGAACUAUCAAUCAAACACAGGUAGUGCCUCCAGUUGGCAAUCGGCCAGCUAUCAGCAAAGCUAUUCCAACUCGUAUACAAACCAGGAACAGUUCACGGACAACUGCUACUACUCCGGAUAUAGCCCGGAACAAAUGCCAGUGUAUCAACAGCAAGAAGUCCCAUCCGUACCAGAAGCAACACCACUAGAAUCUCUAGCUCUACCUCCUCCAUCGCCUCCCAAGUCUCUAAAGCGUAAGGCAGAAGAAACUAUCACCAAGGACACAGCAGCUGCAGUCAUUGCCGCUGUUGAAGAACGUCCCAGCACAUUGCGUGCCCUUCUGACCAAUCCCGUCAAGAAAUUGAAGUACACUCCCGACUACUUCUAUACCACGUUCGAGAGUGUCAAGAAGGCAGCUGUCUCUACAAAAAUUACAUCAAGUCCUGCGCCCAGCUAUGAACCAGAUUAUGUAGCCGCUCCAACACCUACAGCCAGCGAAGAUGUCGACUAUCUGGAUGUCUACUCGCCCAAGACCAGCAAAAAUGGCACACCCCCGCCAAGUACCACACCCGCCACGCCCACAUCUCUGGUCGAAGGGAUCUCAACGCCACCCCAAUCCCCGAAAGAAAAGAAUCAGGAACAAAUCAAUCAUCGAAUUGUGACAGCCAACGAUUUCGAUUGGUCGCACAUCGAAGAGAGCCAAAUAUUAGAUUCGAAAGAUUCAAAACGCACACGUCAGACCUACACACGCUAUCAAACAUUGGAGCUGGAGAAGGAGUUCCAUUUCAAUCGCUAUAUCACACGACGUCGUCGCAUUGACAUUGCCCACGCUCUGAGCCUAACUGAACGCCAGAUAAAGAUUUGGUUCCAAAAUCGUCGCAUGAAGUCGAAAAAGGAUCGCACCCUGGAAGCUUCACCCGAGCAUUGCCCAGCGGCCUAUAAUCUAACAGUACCACAGCCCACGAUUUCCUACCAGCAACAGCAACAGCAGUCACAUCACCAUCACCACCAGCAACUCCAGCACCACAGUGCAUAUCCCACGUACUUGGCCAAUGCCCAAACCAGCGGCUAUGAUUACCCGCAGCAGCAGACGUAUGAGGCCCAGUACACACCGCAAUACCAUCAACAGUCUCAGUGCACUUACCAGCAGGAACUAACCACCUCCAAUCAGUCGCUGUAUAAUCUACCAUUGCCCUAAGAACUCAAGAGCCUAAAUUUAACAAGACGGGCAAAAACCAAGAGAAACCCCGCACAUUUUCUCUCGACCAUUUGCCGGUGACACGCAAAUGGCAAACGAGCGAGAAAAUAUCGAGGAAGCGAAACGAAGCUGCGCUCACGCAGGCACACAAAACUCCCUACGGUGCUUAGGAAAAUUGUGUGCUUGUGCGCUAAGAAGUAUUUCUUCGACUUCGUACUGAAGACUGAGACUGAGACUCAGGCUGAGGCUCCUUGCCGAGCACUCUAAGCGAACCCAGUGGCUGGCCCAUGAUGGGUUUUCGAUUAUCUGCGGUUGGGAAAAAUAAGCAAAGACACAAAAUAUUUGGAGACUGAAAAACUUAUAUAGAAUUGAAAAUGUAAAAAUGUAUAAACACUUAGAUAGUAUUAUUUAGUUAUCUACUUCUAAUAUAAAUAUUU